AUGUUUACGAAGGAUUCAUCGACAACGAUACACACAGAGAUGAACAGACCUGUGUACACACACGUAUUUGAUGUGUAUGCGUGUGUGUGGGCGGCUGAUGAACGGGUUGUUGACAAGCUGGCGUUAGAGGGGGUAAACAGGGGAGUAAACAAGGCCUGUGAGCCUAUUGCACUGCUGCUUGUGCUGCUGUUGCUGCUGCUGCAUUCGUCAACUGAGUUUGUGCAAAGCGCAGCUGCCCUCCCUCCCCCCCGAUCCCCGUGUCUCUGCCCGCCCGCUCUCCAUGGAACAAUCGGGCAAGGGAGAGGGGAAGGGAGGAUGGAGGAAGAGUAUCCCCUCUUAAAGACCAGAGUGGACAGAUCUGGGUCACCAAACAUUUCAACCAACACUAAUUCAGAUCAAGACGUCCUAGCUCACGAGUUAAGCGCGAUGCAACGCAAUGAACAAGCACAGGCUGAGCAAAUGUUUUUGUUGGCAUUACACGAACGCUUGGCUCAGCAGCUGCGACCUCAGACGGAACUUCAGCGGAUUUGGCAAAAUAUGAUGCUUGGCCUGCCAGCUUUAUUACCACCACUGGACUUAACAGCUUUACCGGGUACCAGCCAAGCCUUAAUGCAUCCACUCUACCAGACUCGCAAUUUACCGGUAUGA